CCUGCGUGCGGCCUCCACCUCUCCGGGUGCCCGGUCUGGGUCCCUGGGACACCGCCUGCCCGGGACACCGUGAGCGCCAUGGCGGCCCCCAAGCAGCUGUCCCGCUUCUGGGAGUGGGGGAAGAACAUCGUGUGCGUAGGCAGGAACUACGCGGACCACGUGCGGGAGAUGCGCGGCGCCCUGCCCAGCGAGCCUGUGCUCUUCCUGAAGCCGUCCAGCGCCUACGCGCCCGAGGGCUCGCCCAUCCUCGUGCCCGCCUACACCGGCAACCUGCACCACGAGCUGGAGCUGGGCGUGGUGCUGGGCGGGCGCGCGCGCGCCGUCCCCGAGGCCGCCGCCAUGGACUACGUGGCCGGCUACGCCCUGUGCCUGGACAUGACCGCGCGGGACGUGCAGGACGAGUGCAAAAGGAAGGGGCUGCCCUGGACGCUGGCCAAGGGCUUCACCAGCUCCUGCCCGGUCAGCGCGUUCGUGCCCAAGGAACGCGUCCCGGACCCGCACGACCUCAGGCUCUGGCUCAAGGUCAACGGCCAGCUCCGGCAGGAGGGCCACACGGCCUCCAUGAUCUUCUCGAUCCCCUACCUCAUCAGCUACGUGUCCAACAUCAUGGCCCUGGAAGAGGGCGACCUCAUCCUGACCGGGACGCCCGAGGGCGUGGGCCCGGUGGCCGAGAAGGACGAGAUCCAAGCCGGCAUAGACGGGGUGGUCAGCAUGCGGUUCCGAGUGGAGCGCGCACAGGGCUGAGACCUCUGCAAACAAGCCUGCCGAGUAAGACGCACCCCAAGAUCUUUGAUUGCUUGAUUGAUUUGGAUUUUCGGGCCUAGCCCCAGGGAGUGUCCCUCGAGACCCCGCUGCCUGGAGGGCUGGGAAGGCCGGAGAGAGAUGAGCGCCUGCAGGCACAGGUGCCCAGCCGUCCUCUCCUCCAGGAAAGCUCGGCAGGGUCCAGCUUCUCCCGGGAGUGUCCCAGCGCAUCCCACACCUCUGGGACUCCCCGACCACCGGGAGGUCCAGCCGCCCCUCCACCUGCUGGAUCAGCGGGGUCAUCGGUGGUUCUCGCCAGGGAGCGGGGAGGGUGUCUCCUUAACAUGCAGCCCAUGGAGGUCUGGGUGUCUGCUGUAAUCCUGUUCAGAGUUUGGAAGAUAAUUUUGCAAUCAUCGUUCCCCAAAUAAAUGUGUCAUUGGUGCGG